UUUAGUUCCAUACAUCAAAACUCAAGACUUAUUUUGUUCUCUACUGCUGGGAAAUUCCGGAUAUAUUGUUUUUUAUUGAUUGCCUCCACGCAGACAGGUCGUCCGGCGGUCAGCAUGUCUUGGGGGGCCCUGUACGCCCAGCUGGGCGGCGUGAACAAACACUCGACCAGCCUGGGCAAGAUCUGGCUCUCGGUGCUCUUCAUCUUCCGCAUCACCAUCCUGGUGCUGGCGGCCGAGAGCGUGUGGGGCGACGAGCAGUCCGACUUCACGUGCAACACGCAGCAGCCCGGCUGCAAGAACGUGUGCUACGACCACUUCUUCCCGGUGUCGCACAUCCGCCUGUGGUGUCUGCAGCUCAUCUUUGUGUCCACGCCGGCCCUGCUGGUGGCCAUGCACGUGGCCUACAGGAAGCGCGGCGACAAGAGGAGCAUCCUGGCCUCCAACGGCGCCGAGAAGCCCACCGAAACCGACCUGGAGACCUUGAAGAGGCGGCGUCUGCCCAUCACGGGCACGCUGUGGUGGACGUACACCUGCAGCCUCUUCUUCCGCCUCAUCUUCGAGGGCGGCUUCAUGUACGCGCUCUACUUUGUCUACGACGGCUUCCAGAUGCCCCGCCUGGUCAAGUGCGAGCAGUGGCCGUGCCCCAACAAGGUGGACUGCUUCAUCUCCAGGCCCACCGAGAAGACGGUCUUCACCAUCUUCAUGGUGGCCUCCUCGUCCAUCUGCAUGGUGCUCAACGUGGCCGAGCUGGCCUACCUGGUGGCCAAGGCGCUCAUGAGGUGCUCCAGCCGGAGCAAGAGGAAGCUCUCCUACAACCACAAGGAGACCAAGAUCAGGGACAACGCCGUCUUGCAGAACAAGAAGAACGAGAUGUUGUUGUCCUCUGACUCCUCCAGCCGCAAGACCAUGUGUUGAAAAUCCCCAUUUGGCUCGUGAGGGUCCUUCUGUGUCCACCAGGAGAACAUGUCCCAAACAUGAGCUCACGUCAGGAGCGCAUUGUUCUUGAAAAGUCACGAUGGUGACAGAUUGAAGCCACAAGACCAACAGUGGUCAUGUCUUCUGCAGGACAUCUGGACCAAGUGUUGGGACGCAGCUCUUCAUCAAUAAAGGAAUCAAUCAGAGUUUGUAUGAAGCCGUGGUCUUCUUGGAGGAGAAAGGAGGAGAACAAGGCCCGGACGCAUGUGACCCAUGUGACCCAUUCCAACGUUUCCUCGCAAGCUUUGCCACAAGAAAGGCCAGGCUUUGUUAGACUCGACUUUUCUACGCCAUGAUCACGAGUUGCCACCAAGAGUCCAUGAAAACAACCAAAAUGUAAAACUGCAUCAGGACCACCAGGCCAUGAAACGCCUAAGCCACAUUGGAACUAACAAAUGUAAAACUGUAUGAGGACCAUCAGGCCCCAAAGCCACAUUGGAACUAACAAAUGUAAAACUGUAUGAGGACCAUCAGGCCCCUAAGCCACAUUGGAACUAACAAAUGUAAAACUGUAUGAGGACCAUCAGGCCCCUAAGCCACAUUAAAACUAACAAAUGUAAAACUGUAUGAGGACCAUCAGGCCCCUAAGCCACAUUAAAACUAACAAAUGUAAAACUGUAUGAGGACCAUCAGGCCCCUAAGCCACAUUAAAACUAACAAAUGUAAAACUGUAUGAGGACCAUCAGGCCCCUAAGCCACAUUGGAACUAACAAAUGUAAAACUGUAUGAGGACCAUCAGGCCCCUAAGCCACAUUAAAACUAACAAAUGUAAAACUGUAUGAGGACCAUCAGGCCCCUAAGCCACAUUGGAACUAACAAAUGUAAAACUGUAUGAGGACCAUCAGGCCCCUAAGCCACAUUAAAACUAACAAAUGUAAAAGUGUAUGAGGACCAUCAGGCCCCAAAGCCACAUUGAAACUACCAAAGGUCCCAGUCCAACAUCUCCUGUACGGUACAUAGUGGACUGGAGUCCAUUUUUCAUGGCUUUUCACGUCCUGCGAGUGUCCCAAUACUUUUGUCCACGCUUUAGUUUGUGUCUUGCAUAUUUGCUGGGAAAGCCUCGUGGGGCGUGGCCGAGGGACUGAUCAAGUGUCUUCGCUUUGAGACAACUCCAGGAUGAAGCCCUGAACUUCUAAAGUGCGUGCACGCUGCCGACUGCUCCGACAUUUUCCCAUAGGCCAUCGUGAAGCUAAUAUAUCAUAAAUGAUGUCUCACUCUGAGUAUUUUUUGGCAGGCUGUCUAAUUCAAAGAAGUGAUGUAUCACUCUGAGUAUAAUUUGAAGGCUGUGUUGGCCGUCCAAUUCAGACGAGCGAUGUCUCCCGCCGGAGUUACGUUUCUAAAAUCACAAGUGAUCAUUUAAGUCCAAUUUGCAGGCUCCGUUGGCUGGCCACUUCAAUUAGUGAUGUCCCACUCUGGAGUAAAAGCUGUCAGCUCAUGAGUGAUGUCUCACUCCGAGUCAAAUUUGCAGGCUCCGUUGGCUGGCCACUUCAAUUAGUGAUGUCCCACUCUGGAGUAAAAGCUGUCAGCUCA